AUGAGGUUAUAUGGAAUCUUUUUUACUGGUAUUAUUUUAAUUAGUUUAUGUACACCAUGCGAAGGAAUUUUCGGUAGUUCAUCACUGCAGGAUUAUGUCGAUAGUCUUGUUGAUGCUGCCAAAUUUAAAUUUGAUGGAGUAUUAAAUCUUAAUGAUUCAGUUAUCAAUCAAAUAUGGUCUGCUUUUAAAACAAAAUAUGGCCGUGCUUAUUCGUCACUAGGAGAAGAAAAACAGCGUCUUCGUGUGUUUCGUGAUCAUCUUCGAUUUGUAUUAGAAUCUAAUCUUAAAAAAAUGCAAACAUUUCAAUUAGAAUUAAAUGAAUUUGCGGAUUGGACAGCAGAUGAAUUUAAUACGUUGAAAAAAGGUCUCAUUGUUUCAACGAGUUUCCGACGAGACAUGAUGAUAACUGGUCAAGAUGAGGAAGAUUCAUUGGGACGUAGUGUAAGAAAACUUCAUCGACGUCAUUAUCAUGCAAGAAGAUUAAAACGAAGUUUACACAAAAGACGGCACCAUCGUAAACGAUUCUUAAAAGAUUGGAUUUUAAAUUUCUUUAGCAAAAACAACACUUCAGAUAAUGGCAAUCAACAAUCUAACGUAUUCGAUUGGCGUACUAAAAGCGUUGUUAGUAGCGUUAAAGAUCAACGUAAAUGUGGAUGUUGUUACGCAUUCGCUACGGCUACAGUUAUGGAAACACUUUAUGCCAUAAAAACCAAUUCUAAAACUAUUAUUGAUUUUAGUGCACAGCAAAUAGCUGACUGUUCAAGUAAUGGAAAUAAUGGUUGUGCUGGUGGUAAUUUUGGGCCCAGUGUUCGUUAUCUAGCAGACAAUGGUGGCAAAAUAGCUACUGAAUCUUCUUAUCCUUAUGCAGGAGCACAAAAGUCAUGUCGAACCAGUGGUGUUAAUGAAAUUCAACUUGGAAAUAUUCAAUAUGGAGUGAUUCCUGAAGGUAAUGAAAAAAAAUUGGCUGAAGCACUUACGAAUUAUGGACCAAUAUUUAUUGGCAUUGAUACUGAUACAAAACUUUUUAUGUUCUAUAAAACAGGUGUACUUAAAAUUGAUAAUUGUCCUACUCGUCGACAAGAUAUGGACCAUGCUAUGGCUGUUGUAGGUUAUGGCUAUGAUGAUGCGCUUAAGUCGUCUUAUUGGAUCAUAAAAAAUUCUUGGGGAACGAAAUGGGGUGAACAGGGUUAUCUACGUUUAGCUAAAGAUGCCGGAAAUAUGUGCGGUGUUGCUUCGAUGGCGUAUUAUGGUAAAUUAGCAUAG